UGCCAUACUGGCUUUUUGAGCGAGUCCGCCGGUAUCCACCAUGGAGGCCAACGUCGAGCACGGCAAAGCCCACACCCACACCCGAAGCUUCGGGUCCUCGGCCCUCAAGAGAGCUCGCUCCACCUCAUCGGCCGCCGCAGGUCUCCUCAGGAAGGUCCGGUUCGCAAGCAAACCCGAGGUGCGGACCUACUCAUCAGAUAACACCGGCCCAGCAGAGGAUAGCAGCCCAUCGGUGGAGCACAGCCCAGCGGAGGACAUCAACCCAGACAUCCGCCAAUCAAACGACACCUCCGAUCCUCGUUGGAAAGCUCUGGCCGAUGCCACACAGGCAAAGCAGUCCAUCACAGUUUUGCAGCAGUCGGUCGACAUUUGGAUCGCAACACUUAAGAAGGAGAUUGGAGUUGCGGAUGAUGACUCGGAGUCGCCGAAUUUCGGGUUUGGCAACAUUCCAGCAUACUUCUCGCCUGCAGCCUUGGAUGAUUUCUCAUGCCUCAAGCUUCACAAAGAGUUUCUGUCGCUCCAGGAUUACCGCAUCAAUCUCGAGACACAGCUCAUCCAGGCGCAAUCUGAGAACGUAAAUCUCCGCGAGCUCCAUGGCAAAUUCCUUCACGUCCUUUGCCCAACUCUCCAGCCCCAGCCAUUCAAGAUUGCUGUGCGAGACAGUGUCCAUUGCGAGAGUAGCGACCACAGCCCUCGGAGCAAUGAUCACCUAACUCCUCACAUACCACCUCAGAAAGAGCGCAGCUCCGUGGACUUCCAUACCAUGCAUCCAGGGUGGGCUACCCAAGACGGUUGUCACGAGCACUCGGGACACAAGAUGGUUGCUGCUUCUUCUUCGCAUGCCGGCUCAGGAACUUCCAACCCUUUCAUCCGCAGCAAGGGAUUGAGCACGGAAUUGAACAUUCACAAUGCGGUCACGCCCUUUGACGAUAAACAUUCCGGACCAUCGCAUGCUGCAGAUAACGGCGAGAACAGCAACCUCACUCAGCCUUUACAUGCAACCAAACAGACCAGCGCAAGUCCCUCGCAAGAUGACUUUCCGUCUCUGGGCUGCGUUCAGUGUGCAGCGCGAUGGCUUCUGGGCGAUCACACCGGUGUUGAGCUCGAGAAAUGCGAUAAUUGCCGCGUGAGCGACUCGGAAAACCACUCCACCAACGAAGAACCAAUUCUCUGGAUUCCUGACGGUAAUGGGGGUAUUCAGACCCAGGUCGACCUGUCAGCAGUAGCCAUGGUUCCAAAAGGAUUGGCCCAUACCCAGUCACACCCUUUAACUGCCCCUGGACCGGAUCGGUCCCACCAGGCCUCUGUUGACAAGCUACCUCGGGCUCAAGACAUCAGCUCGACUACCGCAUCGCCGCCCAUAGCAGCCGAAGCGGCACAUGCCCCGGAGAGCACCAAACCCGCUACUUCUGACGCUGACGUUGGCUUCUUUGACGGCGGCCGGCUUCCGUCACUGAUUUUGAGGAGCAGCAGCCCUUAGAUGGUGCCCUCCUCAGUCCUUUUUGGGAUGCUCUUCUCCAUCAAACGGCCACUCUUGGGGCCUUGAGCAAUGAUAUUCUCGAGUUCGACGAUAUUUUCUCUUACUAAGCAGCCAAUGUCAAACCGGAGAGUGGUCCAAAGGCAACGUAAGAGGGCAAUGAGAGCCAGGAGCCAACGUUCUUUUCUGCAGUCGCAUCGCUGCGAUUAGUGUACAUGGGCAUGGUGUUUGAUGGAUUGGUAAAUCCGCGUAGGCUUCCUUCCUUUCUUCCUAUUCUUUCUUAACUAUUACUUUCCUUCAUGUUCUUUCCGUAUCUUGG